GUAGCAUGGAAGAGGAAACCCUGAGUGGAGUGGCUCUGAGGGGAAGUUGUAAAGUACUGGACAGUUAUGUCAUGACGUGAUUCGCGUGGGUUCAGGGAAGGGAUGAAGUCGCGGGAAUGCUGUGGGACUUUUACCCCGGGUCGCUUAUUCCCUCGCGAUAGCGCCGUGUUGCGGAAAUACAUACUGAGUGAUACUUUUACAGCUGUUCUCUACCGGUAGCUUUAUGAGAUUUGCUUGUUGUUCGUUGCUUUUUUAUGUUCUGGUCGUAACAUCGUGAGUGAAGCAUGGAGGCGUAUUCAUCAUUAUCCAUUUUAGGUAGCAAAACAUUUUGCACCGCCGUUAUAGCUGUGUUCGCCGGUUACGUUAUGUACACUUCAAAUGUGGACGAUGAGCGAGAGAAAUUGUGUUUCUCCGGAUCUUGGCACGACAGAAGCACAGGAGUGACGAAGAUUUAUCAUGUUACGUAUUUCUCCACUGACAACUCUGUUCAGUUGUUUGACCCUCAGUUGCAACGAAUAAUCCUACGUCGAAUUCAAUGCCCGGAAAUGAAAAUGUUCGAGUUUUCGUACGAGCAGGCCAUUAAAUUUUAUGCUGAACACGAAGGCAAAUCAUUUUUCGAAGGUUGGUGUGAGCUUCGGGGAUGUUUCAAUCGUUUCGACGCUAUGCACGGCUUCCUGUCUUCUGCAGAUUUGAUCGGUUAUGUCACGGAAGGUCCUGUGGUGGGCAUGGAAUUGUCUGGUCAGAAUGCUGUCAAGAAAUGGCGGGAGCUAAUUGGCCCCACUGACCCUUCGAAAGGAAGAGUGGGCGGAGAAGCUGUAACUCUGCGCGGGAGGUUCGGAACUACGUUGACAAGAAACGCUUUGCAUGGAUCCGAUUCAGCUACCUCAGCGAAACGCGAAAUUGAAUUGAUCUUCGGUUCAUACGAUAGACCUCGUGUGCACGGAAAACAAGAUGUGUCUUGUCUUGUGAUCAUGCCACACGCAGUGCGUGCGGGGCUUGUGGGAGAAAUCGUCGAUUCCAUACAACAGUCUGGAUUCACUCCACAGGGCAUUAUUUUGAAAGAGCUCUCAGAACCUGAGGCUUCCGAGUUUUUGGAAGUGUAUGACACGGUGUUGAAAGAAUAUUCAGCAUUAGUGAAGGAAUUUUCGUCUGGUCCGUCCAUUGUUCUUGCUGUGUCUGGUAAUGAUGACGUCGUAAAAAGUUUACGAAAAGUAUGUGGUCCACAAGACAUCAGUCUUGCGAAGCGAGCCCGUCCAGAAACCCUGCGAGCAAAAUAUGCUUUGGACCAAGUUCGUCAAGCAGUGCAUUGUUCAGAUUUGGAAGAAUUUGGUCGCCUUGAAUGCGCCUUCUUUUUCGAAGACUGAACACGUUCUUCUAUCCCAACCGGAACAGAUCUCAUGUUGAAACGAAUAUAUUGCAUGGUUUCGUCUUUGAAGUUUUUACUUGGAUCGGAAGUGUAUCUUUGGUCCGAACGUGGAUUUGCCAAAAACAAAAAAUCGAAGGAUAAUUUUAAAGAGUUCGGAAAAUACAUCGAAAGCUUCAAAUUUCUCGUCAUACAUUGUAAAAGUUUGAUAUUUCCUUCGCGUUUCUUCUGUCGAAAAUUUUCGCAAUAAAUUCAAUUCAGCCUUUAACGUCACCGAUCAAAAAUAUUUUCGCGAGUGAUCCUCGGAAAUAAUUUCUCCAUUGUUACUGUGGCA